AUGGACCUCCUAAACACGAUCCGCAAAACAGGCUCCCGCGGCGGCGCCGACUUUUCCUGGGACGAAGUCGCUAAUUCGUCCCACCGCGAGAACUACCUAGGCCACAGCCUGAAGGCACCCGUGGGUCGAUGGCAAAAGGGCAGAGAUCUAAACUGGUACGCAAAGGCCGACGACACGCCUGCCAAUUCAGCAGAGACAGACGAGGAGCGACUAGCAAGAGUACGCAAAGAGGAGCUGCGAAAGAUAAAGGAGGCCGAGGAGGAUGCGAUUGCGCGGACGUUGGGGUUGCCGAUACCACAGAGGAAUACGAGCGGUGCAAAUGCGGUGGAUGUUGGGCAACAGAGACAAAUUGGACCCAAGGUUGGACCACCGCCCGGGGAAGAUGGUGAUGGGAAGGUCAAGCUGGAGCGAUCACGAAGAGAUGAAGGGAGGAGGGAGAGACGGCGACAUCGGAGUAGAAGCCGGGACAGGGAUGACGAUCGGGAUGACGAGAGGCACCGGAGACGGCGUAGUCGAGAUCGGGAGUCGAGACGACAUCGAAGCCGUGACAGACGUGGGCACGAUCGGGAUGAGAGGCCGCUCCGGCCAGAGCGGAAUCGAAGCCGAAGCCGAGAGAGGCGCUAUCGCCGUGAGGAUAGAGAUUAUCAUAGCGGGGACAGGAGGCGACACGAGGGUAGGCGCAGAGAUCAUCACAGAGAGCGCAGCCAAAGCCCACGGCCAAUGCGACAGGAUGACUAG